ACAGUCUAAAUAUGUAGGCAGCUGCUGGAAUUUCAGAGUACCAAGAUAUUCUCACUUUCCUGGGGAAACUAAGGCCACAGAUAGUCCAGGAGAUGCAUUUAAUGCUUGAAGAGGACUCUUGGCCAAGGUGCUGAUUUCAUCUGGAGUUCCUUGCACAUCAGUGCCCCAGAACUCCCCCCAUUAACUCACUGCCAUGGUCACGUUUCAUUUCUUUUCCUCUUCUAUCCCAUGUACCCUGAAAUGAUGAAAUGAUAGAAAGGGUGAGGAUGGUGUUGGAAAUUAUUUAGACAUGUGAGAGGUCAUGGUCUUAUUCCAUGAAUGUGCAUUUACACACAACAAACAUGAGAGGUUAAAAACUCACUUUGGUCAGUGUCAGAAAGUAGAGCCGUUAAUUAUUACUUAUUAAUAUUUGUCUACUCAUGUGCAAUGGAUGAGAAGAAAUAGCAUCAUGUUUGCAUGAGUCUUCCCAGGCACACAUAGUUUGAAAAUGAUUCAAAAAUUAUUCAAAACCUGGAUCAGCUGUAUCUUUCUAAGUCAAUACCCUCAAAGUUCACUGCCUCCACAGUUUUUCAGGACUGAUUUUUUAAAGUUUCUUCAAUGCUGAUGAACCAUCCUAAAGUGGAUUUUCCUUAGAUCCUUGUCCCUCUUCGCCAUUGCUAUUCAUGCCAGGAAGACUAGGUGCUUAUUUCCAGAAGCACCAUGCCUGACAGGCUUUUUGCCUGGGCUGUUACUAAACUGCACUUUUUGCUUGCAGGCCAUCUAAGCCAUGUCCUUUUUCACAGCUGUGCCUUUCUCCUUGAGACUGCACAGACUGCAAACAAUGCCCAGCCUAGAGGGAAUGUCUAUUCCUUUGAUUCUGUCCUCAUCACAAAGGGACUUGGAAACAAGAAACCUGGAAAGAAAAUAUCAACGUAGCCAUGCAUCUUUAUCUCCACGCCCUUGUUUCCUUCUUUCAGCUACCUUCUGGGUGAGCACUCUGGCUGGUUAUGGAGUACAUGGACGGAGGCACCCUGAGCGAUGUCAUCAGCAAGAGCUACCUGUCUGAAGAGGAGAUGGCAGCCAUCAGUCGGGAGUGCCUGCAAGGACUGGAUUUUCUUCACUCCAACCAUGUGAUCCACCGAGAUGUGAAGAGCAGCAACAUCCUUCUCAGAACCGACGGCUCUGUCAAGCUGGCCGAUUUUGGCCUCUCUACUCAAGUCACCCCUGAGAAGAAUACACGGAGCGUGUUAGCAGGGACUGCUUGGUGAAUGGCACCUGAAGUGGUGACACAUGAAUCAUACGGCCCCAAAGUGGACAUAUGGUCUUUUGGAAUUGUGGGAAUUGAAAUGGUGGAAUAAGAACCUCGUUACUGGAACCAGAGUCCUGCCUUGGUAAGGAGCAAAUCCUCACUGAUCCCACUGUCUUUCUCACCUGUCCCAUGUUCUGUGUGCCAUUGGACAAAAUCCCAUUGCCAUCUGCUAGCAUUACUUCCACCACA